CCUCGAUCGUCUCACCCAUGCUUAUUUGUUAGCCCUGUCGUAUUCAUCUAUUAACUGCCGACAAAACUCAACACCGAUUUCUGAAUUUGUUUUUACAGUGCACUCCGCGCUGCAGAAUCAUGUCUGCAUCUAACAGUAUCCAAGGACUGGGCCUUGCGCCGAGGUCGGGAACUACUCUGACUGUUCUCGGGUGUGGAAAUCUCGGGGUUGCUAUUUUAUCAGGCGUGCUCGCAUCGCUGGCCGAGGCGAAAAAGACUGAUUCGCGCUUCUUCCCAGGGUGUGGCACGGCGACCCCUCCUGAAGAGGUUUCCCCCCACCAAAUCCCCUCACGAUUCUUUGCUUGCGUGAGACGCCCGGAGUCUGCGCUUCGCAUCCAAAAAACACUCAAGCAGUUCACUCACCCUCUCACAAUCCUCCAAAAUGACAACAUUCGCGGAGUGCAAGAGGCCGACGUCAUCAUCCUCGGCUGCAAACCGUUUAUGCUCAAGGAGGUCUUGGACGUUCCAGGCAUGCGGGAAGCUCUCAAGGGGAAGCUGCUUAUUAGCAUCCUAGCCGGAGUCACUGCUGAGCAGAUCGAAGAUACUCUCUACGGUGGCACCGACACUCCAGACGGCGACAGGUGCCGUGUUGUACGUGCAAUGCCUAACACCGCCGCGAUCGUCAGGGAAUCAAUGACGGUUAUCGGCGAGAGCACUCCUCCCCUUCCCCCGAACUGGGAGACGUUGGUGAACUGGAUCUUUUCGCGUAUCGGGCGCGUGGUGACUCUUCCUGCCUCCAAAAUGGAUGCUAGCACAUCCAUCGCUGGUUCUGGACCGGCCUUUGCGGCCCUGGUUCUUGAGGCUCUCGCCGAUGGUGGCGUGGCUAUGGGCUUACCCCGGGCAGAAGCCCAGGUGAUGGCUGCUCAAGUUUUACGCGGAACAGCCAGUAUGGUCCAAAAUGGAGAUCACCCUGCUCUCAUUCGCGAGAAGGUUAGCACUCCUGGUGGAUGUACGAUUGGUGGGCUGAUGGUGCUUGAGGAAGCGGGCGUCAGGGGUAAAAUUUCCAAGGCCGUCCGAGAAGCUACAGCCAUUGCGAGUGGGUUGGGACAGACGCAGAAGGCCAACGGGACGAAAUAAACUUCUUGACGCUCCUUUUUCUUUUUUCUUUUUUCUUUUUUUUGGGUUACAUGCACCUGCAUCACUUGGACGAUGGCUUGAACCUAUGUGUACGUUAUAGAUGCCCGCUACCAGAGUGGGUAAAUUUUAUGAGAAAUAGAGAUAUCCAUUGGGACUUUUCCUUUUUUUUU